AUGGUCAUGUACCUCUCGGAAGCCGACAAUCCUCUGCUGGUCUACUUGGGAGUGACGGUGGUUUUUGGAGGAGUGAUCCUUUACCGAGCCAAACAGAAACGUGCGGAGAGGGAGAUCUCGUUCUGCUGUGGUCUCCUCUCGCUUUUUGUUCUGGAGAUCCUGUGUUUCGCCACGUUGCGGAGUUCCCUGGGUUUGGCUAUCUUCUCUCUGGCAUGCUUCCUUUGCUGUUUUUAUAUACCUGCUCCGGCGAUGCUACCUGUGGAACGAAAAGCCGUGCUCAUCACAGGAAGCGACUCUGGGAUCGGACACGAGAUGGCCAAACUCCUUGACCACUUGGGAUUUGUUGUGUUUGCGGGCGUUUUGAAUGAGAGAGGGCCUGGGGUGGAAGAGCUGAGGAAAAGCUGCUCGGAAAGGCUCUCCGUCCUGCAGCUGGACGUCACCGAUCCUCAGCAAAUACAAGAGGCUUUCCUCGAAGUAAAAAAGAAGUUGGAAAGUGCAGAUCUUUGGGGAAUUGUCAACAACGCCGGGAUAAUGGGAUUCCCUGCCGAUGCUGAGUUGCUUCCCAUGAGUAACUACAAGCAAUGCAUGGAAGUUAAUUUCUUCGGUCCCGUUGAAGUGUCCAAAACAUUCAUUCCUUUACUCCGGAAAUCCAAGGGAAGGAUUGUGAAUAUAUCGAGCAUGGCAGGAGGUAUCCCGAUUCCAAAGUUUGCUGCAUAUGGAGCAUCCAAAGCAGCCCUGUCCAUGUUUUCUGGAGUACUAAGGCAAGAGCUUGCCAAAUGGGGCGUGAAAGUGGCUGCGGUUCAUCCAUCAGGUUUCAGAACGUCUAUCCAAGGAACACCUGAGAUGUGGAAUAAAUUAGAACGGAAUCUUCUUGAGAAGCUCACACCAGAUGUGAAGGAAGAUUAUGGCGAAGACUACCUCCUUGCUCUGAAGACUUUCCUGCUGCAUAUCCCAAAUGCCUCUAAGCCUGAUCUUUCACCGGUCCUCUGUGACAUUUUACACGCGUUACUGGCAGAAAGGCCAUAUGGGUUAUAUACUCCUGGCAAGGAUGCUUACAAAAGCCUCUUUGUCUUCUGCUGUUUCCCUCUCUGGUUUUAUGACCAUUUCAUAAGCAGAAUUGAAACGUACUCAAAGGUGCCAAAAGCUCUCAGAGCUGCAGAGACAAAAGGCAAAAAUUCAUAG